AUGCAGCUCAAUAGAAUUCAGAGAUAUAGGGUUGAUGCGAACAAGAAAAAACGCAUUCAGAAGAAGAAGCUGAAUGAAAGACGACUGAAAGAGGAUCAGGAUGAGCUAAGCCGCCGAGAGCAAUUGCCUCUGCCUAACCUGACUGAGACGGUGAAGCGCAAGCGCACCGAUGAUGAAAUGCAGGUCAAGAGAUUUCAGAGAUAUGGGGUAUUGCUUUGUUUUUCCUUUUUGUUGUUGAAUUUAAUGAAUGUAUUAAUCUAUGUGAAAGAGGAGAGCGAGGAUCAGCUAAGCCGUUGCCGAGAGCAACUGGAGCGUGUGCCUCUGCCUGACCUGACUGAGACGGUGAAGCGCAAGCGCACCGAUGAUGAAAUGCAGGAGGAGAGCGAGGAUCAGCUAAGCCGUCGCCGAGAGCAACUGGAGCGUGUGCCUCUGCCUGACCUGACUGAGACGGUGAAGCGCAAGCGCACCGAUGAUGAAAUGCAGGAGGAGAGCGAGGAUCAGCUAAGCCGUCGCCGAGAGCAACUGGAGCGCGUGCCUCUGCCUGACCUGACUGAGAGCCGUCGCCGAGAGCAACUGGAGCGUGUGCCUCUGCCUGACCUGACUGAGAUGGUCUCCGAUGAUGAAAUGCAGGAGGAGCUAAGCCGUCGCCGAGAACAACUGCCUCUGCCUACUAAUGACAGCUGGAUUGAUAGCGUCGUGCAAGAAAUGCAUGAAGCAAUGGAGAGGAAGCGCAUCUAUAAGAGGCAAGAACGCCAGCGCAGAUGGACUCGCCGCAAGAGUGGAGAACAUCGCCUGAGAAAGAAUUGGGAGGAGUUUGAAUGUAACGAGAAGGAGAAACGGGAGAAACGUAAGAAGAAGGAGAAGGAGAAACUUUCAGUUUUUGCUCACUGA